AUGUCUGAUCAAGACAACCUUCCAAUCAAAUACAGUGAAUUGCGAAGUAAGUAUAAAUACUACAUCGAUUCAUAUAAUGCGCUGUAUAAGUUAACAACGAAAAGUGAAGAAAAAUUAAACUCGAUUUACAAAAUGAUCAAAACAGAUUUGAUUGAUUCAAAGAAACAUCUCCCCACAAUUAUCAUAAGAGACAUUUUAGAUAUUAUUCAGUAUAAUAAUCGCUAUACAAAGUCAUAUUUAUCACUCGUCAAACGCGUUUAUGAUGAUUAUCAUAUCAGAGAGGUCAACAAAAUUUCAACCAUUUCCAACUACCUUUUUUAUAAAGAAUACGGAAUUAAAUUAAACAAAAAUGAUGAUUUCGAAAAAAUCAAAUUUAACAAUCUGGACAUUCUUACAGAAAAUACAAUUUUCAGAUCAAUUAUGAAUAAUGACCUAGAAAGGUUCAUCUUUUUUACGGAGGUAGAAGGAUUUGAUAAAGAUCAAAUACUUAAAAGCGAUUUAUUUCUCAUAUAUAACAAAGGAUUUUCAUUACUUGAAUUAUGUUGUUAUUAUGGUGCUGUUGAUUGUUUCAAGUUAUUAAGAUCGAAAUUCAGCUCAGAAAUAACUCAAAAAUGUCUAUACUUUUCAUUUUUAGGAGGAAAUCCGGAGAUCAUGAGUGAAUGUUUGAAAUAUCAAAAAUCAAAUCAAUAUGAAUAUUGCAUGACAUAUGCAAUUAUUUCACACAACAUUGAUUUUGUUACAUUCUUGAUGAAUGAAUACAGUUUAAAGAUCAAUUUAAAUUACUGCGGAUGGCAUCAUAAUCUUGAAUCAUUUUUGGUUUAUUUUGAUCAAACGAAUGAUAUUAACCAAUGCUUUGUUGUUUCUGUGAGAUUCAAUAUUCCAUCUUUAUGCGAAUAUUUUAUUUCGCAUGGGGCAAAUAUCAAUGAAAAAAAUUAUUUAAACGAAACCGCUCUUCAUGAUGCAGCACGUAAUAAUAGUGUAGAAAUAGCAGAGCUUCUAAUUUCACAUGGUAUAAAUAUCAAUGAUAAAAGUAUAUAUGGAAUAACCGCUCUUCAUUAUGCAGCAGAAUUUAAUAGUAAAGAAACAGCAGAAUUUCUUAUUUCAUAUGGUGCAAAUGUUAAUGAAAAAAGUAGUUAUUCAAGGAACCCUCUUCAUUAUGCAACAGAGUUUAAUAAUAAAGAAAUAGCGGAACUUCUUAUUUCACAUGGUGCAAAUAUCAAUGAAAAAGAUAAAGAUAGAAAAACAGCUCUUCAUAUUGCAGCACAUAAUAAUAGCAAAGAAACAGCUGAACUUCUUAUUUCACAUGGUAUAAAUAUCAAUGAAAAAGAUAAUAUUGGAAGGACAUCUCUUUAUAUUGCAGCAGAAAAUAAUAGUAAAGAAUUAGUUGAACUCCUUCUUUUACAUGGCGCAAAUGCCAAUGAAAAAACUGCAUUCCGAAAAACAGCUCUUCAUUAUGCAUCAGAAAGAAAUUAUAUAGAUAUUGCGCAACUUCUCCUUUCAUAUGGUGCAACUGUCAAUGAUAAAGACGAUUAUGAAAAUACAGCUCUCCAUUAUGCUGCAUGGAAGAAUAGUAAAGAAAUUGCGGAACUUCUUGUUUCAUACGGUGCAAACGUAAAUGAAAAAGACGGGAACAGAGAAACCGCUCUUCAUAAUGCAGCAUUUUUUAAUAAUAAAGAAAUAGUUGAACUUCUUAUAUCACAUGGUGCAAAAAUCAAUGAAAAAAAUAAAGAUGGAAAAACCGCUCUUCAUAUGGCAGCAGAUAAUAAUAGUAAAGAUGCAGCCGAAGUUCUUAUUUCGCAUGGUGCAAAUAUCAAUGAAAAAAAUAAAGAUGGAAAAACCGCUCUUCAUAUGGCAGCAGAUAAUAAUAGUAAAGAUGCAGCCGAAGUUCUUAUUUCGCAUGGUGCAAAUAUCAAUGAAAAAAAUAAAGAUGGAAAAACCGCUCUUCAUAUGGCAGCAGAUAAUAAUAGUAAAGAUGCAGCCGAAGUUCUUAUUUCGCAUGGUGCAAAUAUCAAUGAAAAAAAUAAAGAUGGAAAAACCGCUCUUCAUAUGGCAGCAGAUAAUAAUAGUAAAGAUGCAGCCGAAGUUCUUAUUUCGCAUGGUGCAAAUAUCAAUGAAAAAAAUAAAGAUGGAAAAACCGCUCUUCAUAUGGCAGCAGAUAAUAAUAGUAAAGAUACGGCCGAAGUUCUUAUUUCGCAUGGUGCAAAUAUCAAUGAAAAAGAUAAUGAAAGCGCAAUUGCUCUCCAUUCUGCAACAUUGGGAAAAGGUAAAGAAGUAGUUGAACUACUUAUUUCACAUGGUGUAAAUAUCAAUGAAAAAGAUAAAUCCGGAAAAACUGCUCUCCAUAAAGCAGCAAUUUUUAAUUAUAAAAUAAUAACCGAACUACUUAUUUCACAUGGUGCGAAUAUUAAUGAAAAAGAUAAUGUUGGAAAAACCGCUCAUCAUUAUACAGCGGAUAAUAAUAGCAUAGAAACAGCUCAACUUCUUGUUACCCAUGGCGCAAAUGUCCAUGAAAAAGAUAACGAUGGAAGAACAGCUCUUCAUAUUGCAGCAUUGAAAGAUAAUAAUUAA